AUGUCGGAAAAUAAGAAUACUGAGGAAUGGGGAUGUUUGGAGCUGGCCAAGAAAAAUGCUGGCCUUGAACGCGACGAUAUAGAAUCUCGUAUUCGUGCGAUUCACUCGUUAUCGUUGCGCGUUCUCUCCGACUCUGCGGAAAUUUCACGAUUCUUAGUUGCUGCUGAAAGUCUAGAUCGUCUAGAAGCGCAAUUUAAGGCAAAAAACGACUUUAUCAUAAAUUGUUUAGUCGCAUUGGAUGAGAAAGAAGAUUAUUCUCGGGAACUGGUCACAGAGAUUAGUGAGCUGAUUAAUGCCUCCAAGGCGGUAGCUAAAACGUUAUUCAAACCGAUUUCCGGAACGCCAAACGCUGAACAUCUAAACGUUACCCAGCCGUCUUGUUCAUGGAAGAUUCCGCUACCAUCGUAUGGAGGAGACUUGUCAGGAUGGCCCGUUUUUCGUGAUCGUUACGUUUCACUUGUUGUCAAUCGCCUAGAUCUAUCUAACACCGAACGUUAUUAUAACCUUAUCGAUUGCCUUACCGGUGAGGCAUUUGAUGCUAUAAAGAACAUUCCCAUUUCUGAGGCUACUUACGAACUCGCUUGGUCAAUUUUAGUCGAGCGUUUUGAUAAACCACUACAAUUAGCGACAAUAAUCGUUGAUAAACUUAUGUCCGCGCCUAUGCAUUCCCAGGAGUCACUGGACGGACUAAAAGAUUUCCUAGUUCUGUUUUCGGAUCAGGUUUCCGUACUAAAAUCGCUAAACAUUCCGUCUCUUUCAGAAUUUUUGUUGUUUGCUAUAUCCUUGCGCUGUUUACCGUUGACUACGCGCAAAGCCUUUGAGGCAGUUAACAAAAACAAAUUUCCUUCUAUUGCGAAUAUUGUGUCGUACAUCAAGGCCCGGGUAGCUUUUCUGGAAACCGCAGAUUCUUCUAGUAUUUCGAAAUGUCCCAUCCCGGCAAGCGAUAAAUCGAAACCUGUGUUCGUUACAAUGUUGGAAAAUAAGAAUACUGAGGAAAAUGAAUGGUUGAAGCUGGUCAAGAAAAAUGCUGGCCUUAAACGCGACGAUAUAGAAUCUCGUAUUCGUGCGAUUCACUCGUUAUCGUUGCGCGUUCUCUCCGACACUGCGGAAAUUUCACGAUUCUUAGUUGCUGUUGAAAGUCUAGAUCGUCUAGAAGCGCAAUUUAAGGCACAAAACGACCUUAUCAUAGAUUGUUUAGUCGCAUUGGAUGAGAAAGAAGGUUAUUCUCGGGAACUGGUCACAGAGAUUAGUGAGCUGAUUGAUGCCUCCAAGGCGGUAGCUAAAACGUUAUUCAAACCGAUUUCCGGAACGCCAAACGCUGAACAUCUAGACGUCACCCAGCCGUCUUGUUCAUGGAAGAUUCCGCUACCAUCGUAUGGAGGAGACUUGUCAGGAUGGCCCGUUUUUCGUGAUCGUUACGUUUCACUUGUUGUCAAUCGCCUAGAUCUAUCUAACACCGAACGUUAUUAUAACCUUAUCGGUUGCCUUACCGGUGAGGCAUUUGAUGCUAUAAAGAACAUUCCCGUUUCGGAGGCUGCUUACGAACUCGCUUGGUCAAUUUUAGUCGAGCGUUUUGAUAAACCACUACAAUUAGCGACAAUAAUCGUUGAUAAACUUAUGUCCGCGCCUAUGCAUUCCCAGGAGUCACUGGACGGACUAAAAGAUUUCCUAGUUCUGUUUUCGGAUCAGGUUUCCGUACUAAAAUCGCUAAACAUUCCGUCUCUUUCAGAAUUUUUGUUGUUUGCCAUAUUCUUGCGCUGUUUACCGUUGACUACGCGCAAAGCCUAUGAGGCAGUUAACAAAAACGAAUUUCCUUCUAUUGCGAAUAUUGUGUCGUACAUCAAGGCCCGGGUAGCUUUUCUGGAAGCCGCAGAUUAUUCUAGUAUUUCGAAAUGUCCGACCCUGGCAAGCGAUCAAUCGAAACCUGUGUCUCAGUUCGGCGCCAAAGCAAUGAAUGUAUCAUUAAUAUCAACCAAGUCUGUUUCCUCGGUCUCGCUCAAGCGUCUAUUUUGCGAGGAAAACGAUACGCCGAUUAGUUGUCAUAAGUUAACCAAAUUUUCGUCAAAUAAAAAAUAUAAAACUGCAUGGAAGAACAAUAUCUGCUUCGCCAGGCUGUCGACCUCAUCUGAUUCUGUUAUGGAAAUUGCGUCUACAUCGUCCGCACCAGCUUCAUCUCUCAAAAAUUUGACGAACACGACAACAGUUUUAUUAGGAACUGUUCUAGUGCAAGUUCGGGACCGUUCUGGGAGAAUGCGAUCAGUCCGAGCUCUUUUGGAUCCAGGGUCACAAAUAAGUGCUUUGACAACGUCAUGCGUGGUUCGCUUAGGGUUGAAACCAAAAAAGUGGACCGCCCCUUUGGUUGGGUUGUCCGGCGUCCUAAUACCCACAGUGUCAGAUGUUGUUGACUGUUUCGUAACAUCUAGAUAUUCUAAUGAUUCAUCCAUUGACCUGCAUGCCUGGGUUAUGCCGAAGUUAACCGCGGAUAUGUCAUCUCAAAAUCUACCAACAAGUGUUAGGAGUAAGUUCUCCCACCUGGUGUUAGCAGAUCCCUAUUUUGAUUGUUCCACCCCUAUUGAUAUGCUGUUAGGAGCUGAUGUAAUCCCUAGCAUUCUCAAUGGAGAACAUGUCCUGGUCGACGAAUCUCUUCCGCCAGCUUACAAAUCGAUUUUUGGUUGGAUUCUAAUCGACAUUGGAAAGGUCAAAGAACAUCAAUCGCUCCCCUCGAUGUCAUUGACAGUUUCUUUAGAAGGGUUAGUUCAGCGUUUCUGGCAGUUAGAGGAACCAGAAGAUGCUCCUGUCACGUUUACGGAUGACGAUCAGUGCGAAUCCAUAUAUGUUAAAGAGCGUUGUAGGGACAUCACUGGGCGAUUUAUGGUUCCCCUGCCGUUUAUUCCACAGCGUCGUAGUGAGAAAUUUCCAGAAUCGCGUCAUACUGCUAUACGUCAAUUCCAAAACUUAGAACGAAAGUUCCAAAAUGACGAAAAUUUAUAUACCGCGUAUAAAAACUUCAUGGAAGAGUACGAAUCGCUUGGACACAUGUCUGUCGCCACUGAACCCGGUUUGUAUUUCAUACCGCAUCACCCAGGUUUUAAAUAUAAUUGUUCUUCGAAUAAAAUUCGUGUUAUAUUUGAUGCUUCCAAUAAAUUAGCAUCCCAGAUCUCUUUAAAUCAAUGUUUGUAUGCCGGUCCAAAACUUCAAUUAGAUAUAGUGGAUAUUCUGACUCGUUUCCGUAUACACCAGUUUGUCUUUACCAUAGAUCUGUAUAAAAUGUACCGACAGAUCCUCGUCCUUCCAGCAUACUGCCGAUACCAACAUAUCUUUUGGAGAUCAUCGCCCGCGGAGGAGCUGAAAGAGUAUCAGCUCAACACGGUGACAUAUGGAGUUAAUAGUGCCCCGUUCCUGGCUUUAAGAGUUCUGAAGGACAUUGCUGAGUAUGAAUGUGAGAAGUUCCCCGCUGUUCGUGACAGUUUGUUGCAACAAACUAACGUUGAUGACAUUUGUAUCGGUGCUGACAGUGAAGAAGAAUUAAUGGAGUUGAAAUCUGAUCUAUGUGCAACCUUUAUGCGUGCUGGCUUAGACUUAAAGAUGUGUUCAAGUAACUCUCAAUCUAUGCUAGAAGCUGAACCAUCUGAAGAUCGUGCGUCUGAGAACAUCAGCUUCAACGAUGGUAUUAGUGAAGUUGUUAAGAUUUUAGAAUUGCAAUGGGAUCCUUCCAGUGAUAUUUUUAAGUUCAAUGUGCGUCCAAUCCCUUCCGGUGCUACGAAGCGAGCAGUUUUUUCGACUGUUGCACGUAUAUUUGAUCCCCUAGGUUUGUUGGCACCAAUGAUAUUUUAUGCCAAAUUUAUUAUGCAUCAAAUCUGGAAAGCGAAACUCACGUGGGACGAACCGUUACCUCCGAAAUUGAAGCAAAGUUGGGAAACAUUUACGGCUGAUUGGCCUGUGCUUUCUACUCUCAGGAUAUCCCGCCAUGUCUCCACACAAUUCCGAUCUCGCGUUGAACUAUGUGGAUUUUGCGACGCUACCAAACACGGUUACGCUUCAGUGUUAUAUCUCCGUACGACGUCUCCAGAUGGUGUAGCUUCUGUGUUUUUGCUCGGUGCCAAGACAAAGAUGGUUUCUAAGAAAAUUACGACCAUCCCCAGACUUGAAUUGUGUGCGGCAGUACUGCUUGCACGAUGGAUGGCACGGAUGCUGAAAAUCCUCAGUGGAAAGCUCGAGGUAACGAAUAUCUUCGCUUGGACAAGCUCUAAAAUUGUUCUUUCGUGGUUGAUGAAUAUGCACACUGUCUUCAACAUUUUUGUCACCAAUCGGAUACACCAGGUGCGUCAACUUAUUCCAUCGUGCCAUUGGUAUUACGUACAGUCAUCAGAAAAUCCGGCGGAUUGCGCCUCAAGAGGCAUAUUACCGUCAGAGCUAAUAGUUCACCCGUUAUAUUGGACCGGCCCGACGUUUCUCAAAGGUGCUACUAAAUCAUGGGAUGUGUCUGUUCCAACGUUUUCUGCGAAGCGACUUCCAGAAAUUCAACUCAUGUCGACGGAUCAAGAGAUGCUCGAGGUGGAAUGGAUCUCUCAAUUUUCGUCGUAUCGAAACAUGAUUAGGGUUGUCGCCUGGAUCCGUAGAUUUAUAAGCCGCUGUCGGAAACAAACAUACCCUCAUAACUUUCUGUCUCGUGAUGAGAUUGAUGAAUCACUGAAGGUUAUCGUUCUAGCCUCCCAACGUUAUUGGUUUCCAGGAUUUCCGGUGAAGCCGUCACGUGGUGAUAACAGCAACUAUCCAUCAGCCAAUAUACACCCGUUUAUUGACCAUGAAAACAUUAUCCGGAUCGGUAACAAUUAUCGAGUGUUUGAUACGUUUGAUCCGAAAUUACACCCAAUGAUUUUGUCCAAGAAUUCACAUUUAUCAUUGCUGAUAACUCGUCAUUGGCAUUGGGCUACGAGACAUUCGGGACUUCGUGUAAUCACCCCGCUGAUCCAGAGCCAGUUCUGGAUCACGUCAUUGCGAUCAGUAAUUCGCAAAGUCAUUGGCAAAUGUAUCACCUGCUUAAGAGCCAUCGCUCUAAGUUUACAACCUGUCGAUUUCCCUAUUUUACGGGACUAUGGGUGCCGCCCGUUCACACGAGUGGGAGUAGAUUAUGCCGGUCCGAUGCUGAUGCGUGAGCGUCGAUUACGCGAGGUACUGCACUACAAGAUUUACGUAGCUGUCUUCAUUUGUAUGACAACAAAGGCCGUUCACCUAGAGGUUGUGUCAGAACUAUCUAUGAACGCCUUUUUGUCGGCCUUUAGCCGUUUUGCUGACCGUCGGGGGUUUCCGUCAGACGUUUAUUCUGACUGCGGGACCAAUUUCAAAGGUGCCGCGAAACAUCUAUCUAUCGUCAUAAAUGACCCGGCCAACCAUAAUACAAUAUCCUCGUAUUUUUCGUGUCGGUGGCACUUUAACCCACCCGAGGCAUCCCACUUUGGGGACCUUUGGGAAGCGGCAAUUCAUUCCUUUAAAAAGCUCCUCGUUCGAAUUAUUGGAGACCACAGACUCAUGUCGGAAGAAAUGACCACCAUUCUGUGUAAGAUCGAAGCCAUUUUGAAUUCAAGACCUUUAACGCCAAUGACGACGUCCUCGCUAGAUUUAAACUAUCUCACACCCGGCCACUUUCUCUCCGCUGAAGAAUCAUUUCUGAACGAACGUGACGCGCUUGUUUCUGAAAAUAUACAUGUAUUAACUGAUAAAGCGAUAAACUAUAAAGCGAUAAACCGAUUGAAUCUACUAAAUCAUUGCCAUCAAUCUUUUUGGCGCCAAUGGUCAACUGAAUAUCUGUUUUUACUUCAGACCCGAGCCAAGCGGAGAACUAAUGCUUCCAGUAUAAAAGUUGGAAACAUGGUGGUGGUCAAAGACAUCAAAACACCCCCGGCCUUGUGGUGCCUAGGUCGUAUCGUGGAAGUCACUCCGGGUUCAGAUGGUGUGGUACAAGGGGCUAAAAUAUUGACAUCCAACGGUGUACUCACCCGUCCCAUUGUUAAGUUAGUGUUGUUGCCCAUGGAGUAACGUUCUGUUGUGAUCUAUAUAUAUCUUAUAUCUUAUAUAUCUUAUAUCAAUAUUCUCAUGCUUUUUUAAUGGAUUCUUUUUAUUAUUUUAAUUUUAUCUUGGUUACAAGUCUCUUUUUUAAUUGUAUAAACACCUACUCUGCGCCAUUCAUCGACAGGGUCCGUUGUGUGUAUAUGAGAGGCUAGGGGGUUAUUGAGAUAUAAUAUAUAUACAUUUUUUUUUUCUUUUUCUCUCUAUUUUUGUUCUUUAUAUUUAAGUUAUUAUAAGUAAUGUAAGUUCUUUAGUUUAGUUGAUAUUGCUAUUGUAAACGACCGUGCGUGUAUUGAUUUGCGUGUUCAUGUAAAGGUCUAGCGUCAUCAUGCUGUCACGUCAUCGUUAUCGGGAGGAGUCGUUCUAGAAGUAUCAAGGAUGUGAGGCUAGAUGACUGUAGCCUCUAUAAAGGAGAAUUCUGGAGACAGAGUUCAAUAACCGUUGUUAUAUGAACCGAUACGCGAUCGUACGAUGAGCUUAUCUAUAGUCGUCGACCGUCGUCGCCGACCUAUCUAACACCUGUCGACUAUUACUUCGCCCGUCGGAGUUUUUUCUGUUGUUUUGGACUGUACCCGAGUUUUCCUGCCUCGUUUGUUUUGUUCGUUCGCGAACGUCUGUCCACUCAUCUCCGUUGCGAUUGUCUUGUUUGUCCAGCCACCGAAGGAAACCGUAAAUGAUCUUUUAAUAUUGCCCGUACCUAACGUUCCGGUUUUACGUGUGCAUCGCCAUCAACAUUUGGACUCGUUGGGUUGGAACAUCGCCGCCAUCUUUAUCACCAUUUUAGCAGUCAUACACACGGUCGUAUAAAUUAUUGUUUUGUAUUUAUGUUAUUACUUUGUUGCUUUGUACCGGGAAGACGUUCCCGUCGCGACCUUUCACUUUCUUUAUAUUUUUAAAUUUAAUUAGAUACUCGCAGUUUAAUGUACACUAAAAUAUAGGGCAAAUAUGCCAUCUUACAAACGAAUGCGUAAUUUUUUUUAUUUAAAAAUAUUAUUGUUACCUCGUACCACAUUAACAUAUACCUAACUCGGCGUAAAUCACCGGGCCAACCGCCAGUAAGUAUGAGCCCGGCUGUGCAACACAUACAAUAGUGAUACUGCAAGUGAAUGCAAUCAGAUUAAAAUCCAAGAAUUCGGAUUUUUGAACUAUCUGAAAUCCGGAUUUUUUUUACCACUAUCAUACACUCACACACACUCAUACACACGGGGCUGUUGUGGAAAGUAUACGACCGUAUACGUCUUAUAUAUUCUGAUCAUUACCUAUAAACACCGUAUACCUUCUGGUUAUGGUCAUACACUCUCUAUUAUAUUGAAAUCCCAGAAUAUAAUGUACAAUUAUUAUAAGUGGGUAUUAUUAUUUUUAUUUUUGGUUGAUUACGAAAACAUAGAAAAAAUAUAUCAGAUAUAUAUAUAUAUAUAUAUAUAUAUAUAUAUAUAUCCUAACGAAACGAUGAAACGAAAAUGUACUGUAGAUUAGUAGAUUAUAGUAUACUCUCUGCUUUUUUUACGACUACAGUACUGCAUACACACAAUGUAAAAAAAAGUGUCACGGCAAUUUCAGUUUCAUUAUCAUAAGCCCAUUAUAUCUUUCGUGAAAAUAGAAUAAGAAAAUGAAUAAUAUCAAUAAUAAAUUAAAUUAAUUUCAAUUGGCUUUUACUUUAUUCUAAUACAAACCUAAUAUUCAUUAGAUCAAUUGAAUAACUCUUAAAGGAGUUUCACUUCAUUCGUGCGUACUCAUUACAUGCACAGUUUUUUUUUUCGAAAUAUUAUAUUAGCUAUUUGUUUCACAAAAAUUUGUGACAAAUUGUACAACAAAAUUUAAGCUCUUAUGCCUUCGUGACCAUUUGUCAUAAAAUUAUUAAAUAGUAGAGAAAUAUGUUAAAUUUUGUUUUAUUUUUUUAAAAUCAUAUUAUUUUUACAUCUAUUGGACGAUUAUGUGGUAAAAGUGUAAUUAACGACUCUUAUGUCAAAUUAUGUACAAUAAUACAAAUUUGUGAUGAAUACAUUUAUGGCUCAUAUCAGGGUCGUUGUGUAAUAUAUGGUGGAGUUGGUUUAUCAGAUGUGUAUUACUGUAAAGUAUGCAUAGUUCAAGAAAAAGAUGUAAGUUCUGUAAAGAUAAAUAUAUAAUAUAUACGAUAUAAUCAAGUUGACAUUUAUAAAUGUAUAGUAUUAUUUGAUUACAGAGGGAUGAAUUUGAUUUUUGUUUAUUAACAAUUAAUAUGAGCUCUUAAAAUAAUUAAAAUAUUCAAUUGAUAGCUAUUAAAAAUUAACUCGUUCAUUUGAAUUACUUUUAAAAUAAAUCCUAGUAAAUGAUUUUUCAAUAGAGCUUUGUAUUUUAAAUCCCAAAAUUGUAUUGUAUGUAUUUUAUUUUUUAUGUGCAUUUUUAUGUUAACAGCCGUUUCAAAUUCUAUUAAUCCGUGUGAAAACCGACGAUAUCUAGGGAAUAACCUCUAUAGAAGAGCUAUCUUAAAAUUUUCUGAAAUAAUAAAAUAAAGUUAUUUUUUGAAUUUUUUUUAUAAAAAAAAAAUUAAUUCAAAUAUAAAUAUUUGUGGUCCUCAUCCCUGUGAGUAAUAUAUAAAAAAAAAUAGGAUUUGAUUAUCUUUAUUAUCUUCGGAGAUAUUCAAGGGGUAUAUUGUGGGACAGCUUGUAUAUGUAAAAUUAAAUAUACAUUUUGAAAAAUAAUUAUUUUUAAGUAAAGUAAUUUUGUUUCAUGUAAAGAAUUUUCUUUUUAUAAAUACUUUAAUUUUAUAAAAAUAUUUAGUAACAUUUUGAAAUCAUUAGGUAUUGCAUCAGAUGAAUCAUUUAAAAUCUAAAUAGGAUUAAAUAUGAUUAAAGAAUAAAGUCUACAAUUAUAAAUAAAAAUUAAAUAAAAUCUAUAAUAAAAAAUAAAAAUCUGAUAUAAAAUGUGUAUGAUUUAUAUCAUUUUAAUUGAAAUGAGCCCAAAUUAGUUUAAUAUAUUUUAACAUGUUUGGGUAUAAAUACUGUUACGAGUCAUUCAGACACAACCUUAAGACGGGAAGAUGAACAACUUAAAAUAAGUCUACAAAUAGUUUUUAUUAAAAUUUUGCAAAAACUCGAUAAACAAUUGAUAUUUAUCAAUAUAUGUAAUAAAUAUAUGUAGUACUGUUGUUACACCAGAUCAGGCUCAAGAUUUAGUUGUAUUUAUCAGCUGUAAGUACAGUUCAGAAAUGACCGAAUGA